CACAUGUAUUUUUAAAAAUUUUAAGGACUUUGGACAACAAAAUGUAAUAUUCCGGGCUUAAAUCGUCUAAAAAUGAAACACUGAACUAAUGGUAGUUACCAUGUGUUACUUAUCAUGAGAAAUAUCAGAAGGGACUGUGUUACUCAACAGAAACAUGUCGUUCCCUAACUGGGUUGUCCACGCCAGCGCUCUGGGAACUGUGGCUCUGGGUUCUCUCCUCUUAAGAGAUUACCUGUCUGGUAAGGUGUAUAAAGGAGAGGAAAUGUUACUGGGGAAAACUGCUAUAGUGACAGGGGCCAACUCAGGAAUAGGAAAGGAGACAGCCAAGGACUUCGCUAGAAGAGGAGCUAAAGUAAUCCUGGCUUGUCGAGACCUAGAGAAGUGUGCGGAAGCACAGGAACUCAUCAGCCAGGAAACACACAACCAAAAGGUGUUCUGUAAAAAACUCGAUCUGGCGAGUUUUAAAUCUAUCAAAGAAUUCACAGAUGACAUUAAAAAAGAGGAAAAAUUUCUGGAUAUCUUGGUCAACAAUGCAGGAGUUAUGCACUGCCCUUACCAGAAAACUGAGGAUGGAUUUGAGUACCAGCUUGGGGUGAAUUAUCUUGGUCCAGCCCUACUCACUAUGUCAUUACUGGAUCUUCUUAUUAAGUCUGCACCUAGUCGUAUCAUCAAUGUAUCAAGUAGUGUAAGCCAAGCCGGACAUAUCAACUUCAGUGAUCUCAACUCAGAGAAUGGCUACCAUCUGACUCUUGCCUACAACCAAAGCAAAUUGGCUCUCUUGAUGUUUACAAAGGAGCUAGAUAAACAGUUAAAAGGAACUCAGGUGACAGUCAAUGCCCUACAUCCUGGUAUUUGUGACACAGAUAUUGGUAGAAAUGUGAAGGUCAACAAGGUCAUGUCCGCCCUGUCCUACCCUUUUAGAUCUAUAUUUGUUCGUCAGCCCUACAGAGGGGCACAGACUUCCAUCUUCUUAGCUGUCAGUCCAGAGGUGGAGAAAGUCUCUGGCAAAUAUUUCAGUGAUUGUAAAGAGAAGACAGUGAGCUCUGAACAGUAUUUGGAUGAUGAGGCUUGUAAACGGUUAUGGCUACAGACUUUAAAGAUGAUUAAACUGAUAUGAAGGUUUAAUAUUAAAACAUGUUCAAUAGGUUUAGAAUGUAUGUGUUUGAAUGUAAUGAAAGAGUGAUUUCACAAAUAAAAUAAUAAAAUUUGU